CGCAAAACUCACCGCCUCAGCGGCUGCAACUCGCCAACUCCUCCGUCUCCUUGUCCAGUCGUCCGCCGGCCCACAAUCGCAGCCAACAGCAAAAUCGUGAACUCCGCGUCUCCGCCCCGGAACGAAUCGCGAUUCCCGGCAGUGCAAACCGCCGCGGUGAGGCUUUCGGCGCCACCGCCCGACCUAGAUCGGAAGAGGAAGUUUAAAAAUUCACAAGCGUGACCUUCAAGAAAAGGUGUUGGGAAUGGUUGGCAUCUCCCCUGAACAGGUGCCAUUGGUAUUGCUUGGUAUGCUGUUGAAAUCUUUAAAAGGUUUCUAUUCACUUUUCUGUGCAACAAAUGCGAAACACAAAUGAACAAUAUUCCAAAUAUCACUUCGCUCCUCCACUAAACCCCAAGGCUCCAAAUGUCCCAUCGACUUCGAUUCCCAAGAACCGGGACUUCCUCAUCCACCUCGAAGCCUACCUAGCCAAGCGAGACAGUGUCGACAAGCUGCUCAAAAUCUCCCGCUAUGCCACCAAGUUCAUCCUCGCAUCUUCCGUCCUCCCUUCCAAUCUUCCCUUAACCGACCGCCUUAAAUCUUUCGAGUCCAGCGUUGGGGUAAGCCGCAAAGCCUUCCGCCUUGGGAAGUUCUUGCAAGACAUCAAUGCCUUCCGUGGCCUAUCCUUCACUUCUCCCGCGCAUUUUUUCCUCGCCCUCGUCGCCUAUGGUGGCGAGGGGCUAUACUAUUUCGUCGAACAGUUUGUUUGGCUGGGCAAAGCGGGCCUCAUCGACAAGAAACAUUUGAGUCAAUUGCAGAGAAUUAGUGCCUGGUGUGAGCUGAUCGGGUACAUAGGCAGUGUGAGCUUGAAGGUGAAGGAGCUACAGAGGAUUUCUGAGGACGAGGCAGGUGUGGUUUCAAAUAUCGAGACAGCGGCAGUUGGUGGUCUUGCGCGUCUAGCAGAUGGGGAGAAGCUAAGGAAAUUGAGAGAGAAGAAGCUAUUGAAGAGGCUUUCAAUUGCGCAAGAUUUCGCCGAUGCUUUAAUGGCUGUUGCUGAUAUUCGAGAUGGCAAGGGAUUGCUUUCUGGGAAGCUUCUAUUGUCCUCCGCCGGGCUUCUCUCGGCUCUCAUCAGUACUCACAAGAAUUGGGUGUCCUGCUGAUAAAUUCUCAUUGAACUACUACUUUUAGAUAUGAAUUUUGCUUUCUUUCUGAAAUGUCUGGGGUUUUAGGAACAUUUAUAGAUAUGGUGGUGAAUUGAAAUUUCUUUCUGAAAUGUCUCUCGGUUUUUACGAACUCUUUAUAAUAUUGAUUUUGGAUGAUCAAUAAGACUUGAUUUACUGUGCCAUGAA